AUGGUUCCUGGGGAGUCGGUCUACGGCGAGAAGAGAAUGGAAGUCACUCAGGAAAACGGGGAGAAGAUUGAAUAUAGGAUUUGGAAUCCAUUUCGCUCAAAGUUGGGGGCGACGUUGGUCGGCGGGGUGGCGAACAUGCCGAUAAAGCCGGGAUCUAAGGUGCUUUAUCUGGGAGCAGCAAACGGCACAACUGUUUCCCACGUCUCCGAUAUCGUGGGCCCUGAAGGAGCGGUGUACGCCGUGGAGUUCUCGCACCGUUCUGGUCGCGACUUGACAAAUAUGGCCAAGAAGCGACCGAACAUCGUCCCUAUUGUUGAAGACGCGCGUCAGCCCCUCAAGUACCGCAUGCUGGUAGACAUGGUUGACGUUAUAUUUGCCGAUGUGGCGCAGCCGGAUCAAUCACGAAUCGUUGCCUUGAAUGCACACUACUUCCUCAAACCCGGAGGAUGGUUCAUCAUUUCCAUCAAAGCCAACUGCGUCGACUCCACCGCCAAACCCGAAGCGGUUUUCGCUGCGGAAGUGGAUAAACUGCGGAAGGAAAAGUGCAAACCCAAAGAACAGCUCACCCUUGAACCAUACCACAGAGACCACGCCGUCGUCAUUGGCCAGUAUCGCGUUUCAAAGAAGAAAUAA